AUGGCGACUGUCGAGCGUCCUUGGCCAUUACUUGAAAACACUCCAAUACCAAAUGGCAAAUUAUCCUGGAACGCAAUCGACCCCGGGAGGAAACCAUGGUUGUUGUCAUCAAAUCUGCUUGACGAAACCUCAUACAAGACGGCUGUUCUCCAAUUGCAAUCACCGGCCUGUGAGGACGAUCUGGACAAUCGGGUCGCUCUCGAGGCACGGAAUCUCGGCUUGUUGCCGUUUCCGGUUAUUUCUGACAUCGAGGGUCUUACUUCUUCUAUCUCCACGGCCACGAUUGCUUCCAACUACGUGAACCAGAGUUCCACUCAAGCACAUUCUACUGCAACAACCUCUUGUGCUUCCAGUGAACACCGUCCUGCAGUUCAACACCCCCACUUGUCUGAGCGGUCGCUGACAGGCUCAGAUUCGUCCUCAUUCCCACUCGAGGCCGAGAGAAAAAAGAAAUCACCGCUCAGGCGUGGCAUCCGGAAGAUGACAGGUUUUCGAAGGAAAAGAUCAGCUGCUGUGGGUUCACCCACCUUGACGAGUAUCAGCAGCGAUGCCGAUUCCAAUAAUACCGAAGACACGUCCCCCGAAGUCAAGAGUCCCUCCUCGAUCAAGUCGAGCAAGAGCUCCUGGUCACAGCCUUUGUCCACGACCAAGUUCAGCUAUGAGCAAGCAACGUCGGUUGAAGCGGAUGCGUCCAAGCGAAGCGCAGAGUGCAAGGAGAUGUUGGAUCUGCGGAUGGCACAACUGGAUGAAAGGGCCCGUUUUCUCCAGUUUCAGGCUGCAGUCAUAGCGCAGCUUGGCGCACAACGACAGAAACUUAAGGCAGAGAAAAGACAAGGGCAUGAGCGGAGACUUGUAGAACAGUGCGCGAAAGUGAGUGGUGCUUGCUGGAUGGUUGAAUUUCCAGCUGACUGGUUGCAGAAUGACAAGGCCGUGGAGGAUCUCGAGGCACGUCAACUCGAGGAGGAAAUGAAGAUGGAAAAGGAACACGAGGUCGAGAAGCGGACAGUGAUGGUACGCCUCCGACAUAUGGAGGCGUACUGUCAAAAUCCCACGCCCCCUCCAACUCCUGUGGACCCAGCUUCUGGACGUCCGUCAACAGAUUCGGCGCUUCCGGAGCGCAAGGUUACAGACAAAGACUACCACAACCUCGCCCAACAGUACCGUGAGCGCGAUGCUAUGGACACUCUACAUACAGCAAAGAUCAAUGUGCUGCGAGGAAAACAAAAGAAAGCUGUCGAGAGAUUGAUAUUGAAGAAAGAGCAGGAAAUCGAAGACCUGGAGAAGGGACAGCAAGGGCAGCUGGCAGAGAUUGAUCAAGACUUUGCAAGCCUGGAAGAGAGUCUGAAACUUGCUCUGGGUGCGAAGCGUGCCAGACUUGAGGCAAGAUGGAGAACCCAGGCAUUGAUUGCACGAACCAAAAUUGAGAAAGCUACUGGACUCGAGUACGCUCCGCUGCCAGAUGUUGUCGCCCUCGACGAUACCCACACGCCUGGUAUCGCAUUGUGA